GAAAGGUUGACAGGAACAGAAAGUAGCGAGGAUACUAUAAAGUGAAGACGAGUUUUUCCCAGUGAAGGGGAAUUUAUCGCCGUCGGCGGCGAAUCCAUUCAAGCCAGCCAAGAUCAUCAUCUCCGGCGCCGGCCAUCUGCCUCUCAGUUUUCACUUCACUUCUACUGAUACCAUUUCUUUACAUGAGAAAAGUGUAGCUUCAGAUUAUACAUUUCCGCAUGGUGGCUCGCAGUAGGAGAAUUGAUUGAAAUUGGGUGACUAACUACCGAUGUUUAUAAGCAAAAACGUCACCGCCAGGGUUUUCCAGCGCCAGAUUUCUACUCCUGCUCCUGGAACUAAUAUUCAUUGUGCCAGGCGAUUUUAUGAGAAUAUAGUCCCAAGUUAUACUAUAUAUGAUGUUGAAUGCCCUGACCUUUCACUCCGCAAGUUCACUGAGGAUGGCCAGUACCUCAUAAGUUUUAGCAGAAAUCAUCAGGAUCUGAUUGUUUAUAGACCAACUUGGCUUUCAUAUUCGUGCAAAGAGGAAGAUUGUGACAAGUGUGAUCUCCCCUCGAAAGCUAGAAAAUUUGAGAGCUUUUUCACCCAACUCUACUGUGUAUCGCUUGCGUCCAGCAGUGAACUUAUAUGCAAAGACUUCUUUCUUUACAUAGAGAAUAACCAAUAUGGACUCUUUGCAACUUCAACUGCACAAAUUCAAGAUGCACCUGCUGUGGGAGGAGCUAUUCAGGGCAUUCCUUCCAUCGAAAGGAUUACUUUUCAUCUCUUGAGAUUGGAAGAUGGAACUGUACUUGAUGAGAGAGUUUUCUGCAAUGACUAUGUUAAUUUGGCCCAUAGCAUGGGUGUUUUCUUGUACGAGGAUUUACUGGCUAUAGUUUCCCUUCGGUAUCAAAGAAUACACAUUCUCCAAAUUAGGGAAUCUGGGAACCUUGUUGAUGUACGAGUGAUUGGGGAAUUUUGCCACGAAGAUGAUGAACUUUUCCUGAAUUCCAGUAAUCAGGCAAGUGAUACUAUUUCAAGCUCUUAA